GGCACAAAUCACUGCCCAGUCGCAUGAUCUGGAAUGAAAAGAGUAUGGAAGAUUUAGCUACAAAAAACACAUAUGGAGGAGUAAAUGGACACUCCAAAACAGACGAAUCACCUUCUGCUGCUGCUCGCAGUGUUGACUCAUGCUGCGGAUCCUGCAUGAAAAGAAUCAACCUCUGGUUACCUGUGGACUACAAGAAUGAAACUGUUCAGUUUUUAAAACUGGCGGGACCCAUGUUGAUUUCACAGUUGAUGAGCUUCCUGAUCGGCUUCGUCAGCAUGGUGUUCUGCGGUCACCUGGGGAAAACAGAGCUGGCGGGGGUGGCGUUAGCGAUAGCCGUAAUAAAUGUCACAGGUAUUUCCAUUGGCUCUGGUUUGGCAUCAGCAUGUGAUACUCUCAUAUCUCAGACUUAUGGGAGUGGUAACCUAAAGCGUGUAGGAGUGAUACUCCAACGUGGAGUUUUGAUUCUGCUCUUAGCCUGUUUUCCCUGCUGGGCCGUCCUCAUUAACACUCAGCCUAUUCUGCUGGCUGUCAGGCAGAGCGCAGAGGUUGCCAGACUUUCCCAGCUGUAUGUGAAGAUUUUUAUGCCCGCUCUACCAGCUGCCUUCAUGUACCAGCUGCAGGGGAGGUAUCUUCAGAAUCAGGGCAUCAUGUGGCCCCAGGUGAUAUCUGGAGCCAUGGGGAAUGUUUUAAAUCUAUUGAUAAACUACAUCUUCCUCAACCUUCUGGAUCUGGGGGUCGCUGGAUCUGCAGCUGCCAAUACCAUCUCACAAUAUGCUUUGGCUGUGUUUUUGUUUGUGUACAUCUGCUCCAGGGGACUGCAAAAAGCUACAUGGGAUGGCUGGUCAAAGGACUGCCUGCAGGAGUGGGGUCCUUUCCUCCACCUGGCCAUCCCCAGCAUGCUGAUGUAUUGUCUGGAGUGGUGGCUGUAUGAGAUCGCAGGGUUCCUGGCAGGCAUCAUCAGUGAGGUCGAGUUGGGAGCUCAGUCUAUAGUUUAUGAACUGGCUGUUAUCGCUUCCAUGUUUUCAAUGGGUUGCUCUGUUGCUGCCAGUGUCCGGGUUGGAAAUGCUCUUGGUGCUGGGAACACAGAGCAAGCCAAGCUAUCCAGCAAGGUCUCCCUCAUCUGUGCAUUUAUUGUCUCAUGUUUCAUCGGAGUUUGUCUUGGUGUGUCUAAGGAUGUGGUUGGUUACAUUUUCACCACAGAGAAAGACAUUAUUCAGAGGGUGGCUGAUGUCAUGAAGAUUUACUGUUUCAUCAAUGUCGCUGAGGCCAUUGCGGCUGUGACAGGAGGUAUUGUCAGGGGGGCAGGGAAGCCAAUGGUUGGUGCUGUGUGCAGCUUGGUGGGUUUCUACUUCAUUGGGUUCCCCAUUGGAGUGUCUUUGAUGUUCCCUGUCAAAAUGGGUAUCGUAGGGUUGUGGUCUGGGUUUUUCAUUUGUGUUUUGGUACAGUUCACAUUUUUUAUAGUUUUCCUGUAUAAACUAAACUGGACAAAAGUCACUGAAGAGGCACAGAUAAGGGCAGGAGUCCACGUUACACAGAGGAACGAGAUCUUUGGGAUAGAAAACAAAGCCCUGGAUUCUGGUGAGAAACAGGUUCACAUUGUGACCAGUAUAUCCACUUCUUUGAGUCCAAUGGAGGGGAAGCUGGAAGUGCUCAGUGCAGGUCAGCAGACAUCGGAUGACGUGGUUCUGUCAGUCAGGCAGCUGGUGGUACGACGGGGCCUCGCUGUGCUGCUCAUGGUCAUCAUCCUCGCUGCUGGAGUCUUCAUCAGCGAGCUGCUCAUCAGACUGCUAGAAUGAGACGAGUGACCAUUAUUAGACCUCAUGUGUGCAGCACAAAACAGCUCUGUGAGUCUGCCUUCCCGAGUAGGGAUGCAUCUUCAUGUUUAGCAAUAACGUAUUCCAUGUAGAAAAAAACAGACACCUACAAUUGACAGCAAAAUUAUACAUACAAAAAUAUGUCUUUGGGUGUUACAAGUUUAAGUGAUUAGCAGAGUGAAGGCAGCUUCCAUCAUAACAUCUGAAGCAAUUUGUAAUGACAUAUUUCCAUUCCAUACUCACACUUUUACAAAACCUCUGACCAGUUAUUAUGCACUAAUGAUAUGAAUAUUACAGUGAUUCAUGUUAUACAAGUAAAAAUGUUCCAUAACUUUAUUAAAAAAGUGAAAUUAUUUCAUCAUUUUGAAAACUUGAAAAGUUGUUGAACUUGUUUAGAUCCAUUUGGAUUAUUACUCAUUACUUCAUACCAAAGGGUUUGUCUUUAAAGAAAAGCCUAUUUAUGGUACUUAGUACUAAAGUUAGUUUUUCUUGUUCUAAUCUUAUUUAUAGUUCAAACCCAGUCACUUUUGCAGUACUUACUGUACAUUAGUCAUGUAAACUUAUAGGAAGCAUGACUUUAAUGAGGUAGCCAAUGAAAAGCUGAACUGGAUAAAUGCUGUAUAGGGAUGUCUCUUCAUAUAGAAACAUGCUGUGUAAGAUAGUUUCCAGUCAAGACACUGAGGAAACAUGUUUUCAUUAUGACAUAUAUAGUCUGAAUGGAUGCCACAAUUAGAAAGAGCAUGAAUAAAUGCUAUAUUUAGGCUACAGCACGUCCAUGGAUGUGUGCUUUCAUCAUCAAAGACAGAAAAGCUGCUCUUUUUCUUUAGUUUAUUUUUUCUUUUCUUUGAUCUGUGUAGCCAAAUUUGAUGAUAAUGAAAGGUCGGUAUGGUCACACUGCAACGUGCUGGCUGGAUGAAGACAUGUCAAACAGACAUAUCCACAGUUAUAAGCUCACAAAUAAAGAAUUCAAUCUGCUAACAGCAAACAUUAACCAUGUGUGAUUGUCAGAAAUAUGUACAUGUAUGGUAUUUCUCUACGGAUCCUAUGAAAGCAAUUAGCUCAACAUUUUGGAAAAUAUGCUUGUUAUUCAAGUUGUAGGAGAAGAUAGAUACCACUCAUGAAGCUUAGCGAAAGUUCAAUCAGGAAGACUUCCUUUACUCACUCACUCAUUCUCAUCUCUCUCCGGCUUCUGUACUCUUUGGGCGUUCACUCGAAGUAGUUCAACCAGGUCAUGCCAUGAUCUCUCACUUAGCCAAUCAUAUCCUUGCUGUCAAACUUUAAAAUAUGUUUCCCUUUCUGGUGC